AGCUUGGUGUACAUUCAAACCAUUGAACAGUUUUGUUUUUGAAGGUGAAAUAUUGAGGUCAUCUUGAAUUAAGCUUUUGCGAUGUGUUUGUAUGAGACCAAUUGCUGGAUGACCCAAACAUACAUUCCCUUGAUCAGAGGGAGGUUUGCCAAGCAGCUGAAAUCGGUAAGAGAGACAGAUGCAACUUCCUCUGUAAAUAGCAAGGUGCACCUGAGAAGAAAAUUUGGCCCCUUUAAAAAAAAUAAAAAAAUAUAUGUAUAUCCAAAGAACAUGGCCUUUUUGUCCAAAUUCUAAGGUCCUUAGUUAAAACUUCGCUCAGGAGUCAAUUGAUGGCUUACUUGAGUCAAUGACGGCUGAUUGUAUUGCCCAGAGAUCAGGAUGUUGUAACCAUCUCAGUUGCAAUGCUUACAUAGGAUUUAAUUUUUCAGCAGAAGCUUAUCCAACUGCAGAAAAAGCCCAAGUAAAGGAUGAUGCACCAACACCUCAGAGCAAUGGCUGGCGAUUAGGAAGUCCUUCCCUGUCCCUUGAGUCUAAAAGACUUGCUGACUUCUCAGAAAUGGAACAACUCAACCGACAUUCACUGCUUCGAAGGAAGAGGUCCAUCAUGUUUCCCAGUGGAGUUAAAAUAUGUCCUGAUGAGACAGUUGAGGAAGCUAUUGCCAACCAUCUAAAAUACUUCAGACUCAGAGUGUGCCAGGAAGCAGUUUGGGAGGUCUUUAAAACAUUUUGGGAUAGACUUCCAGAGCGUGAAGAGUAUCAGAGCUGGAUGAGUCUGUGUGAGGAAGGAAGAAUGAGCAUAUUUGAAAUGGGCACCAACUUCAGUCAGUCUGAAGAGCACCGGAGCCUGAUUGUGAAGAAAUUGCCUUCUGCAAAAGAAGCACUGAGUGGUUUGUGCAAAGAUUUGUCCUGUGGCUCUGGAAUGCCAACAGCUUCUCCAGCUGAUGAUGCUACCACUUUGAGAGAUGCAGCUGCUAAUGUUCCUGCCCCUCAUGAGGUUUCCAUCGAAAGUCCUUCAGACAGUACCUUCAUCAAGACUGAAGACUUGGACAAUAGUAUCAACAAUGAGAUAAAGAAGGAAGAUGAAAAGCUGGUGAAACCUACACCUGAGCAGAUGAUUGAAUUUAGCAUUAUUAUUUCUGGAGAGAAGUACAGUGAGGAGCUGAGAGACCCAUCCACUGUACAGCACCAACUACUCUCAGAGCAGUUUACUUCCCAGGUCCAAAAUGCAUAUGAAGGAUUACCUGGGUUCAAGAAUAUCCAUGUGCUAGAAUUCAGGUCUCCACAGGAUGACAGUGGUGUGGAAGUUUACUAUGCUGCUAUUUUUGAUGGCAAAGCCAUCCUUAAUGCCACCUGGGAUCUAAUUAAUCUUCAGUCCAACAAAGUGGAGGAUGACACCUUCGCGGAGAUAGGCGAUAGCCCAACUGUUGUAUACACGAUCAAUGACUUCCGAGAUUAUAUUGCUGAUAUACUUCAAAAGAAUUCUUUCCUUGAAAACAUCUCUUUGGCUUUGGACCCUGAUUCUCUGCAGCUCAUUAAUGUAAAAGAAAUUCUCUCUCCUGUACCUGAAGAACCAUCUUGGAAUACUGAAAAUCCAAUUGUUCUUGAACCUGCAGAAUCUGAUGUCGAUAAGCCCCUUUUAGCUGAGUGGCCUUCAGCAGAUGAAUUGACUAUCAGCAAUAUCUUGCCACUUGAUUUCACUGAACCAGAUUUCACCCUUGAAGAUGAACAGUCUAAUGGCAAUGCAAUAUGGUUAAGGCCAGAUAACUUGGACUCUGAGAAUAACUUCAAUUCAACACCAAAAAUUCCAAUCAUCUCUGAAGCUGACACUACUUCUUCCCCCGAUGAGCUGGUUCUAGAGGAGACCAGCCAGAUCUCACAUUUAGUCACCCCAUCAACAUUAGAUGGUGGAUUUCCUGUAGACUAUCAUGAAUUCCUUUCUAUCCCUGCAUCUUCAGAUGAUGGUCUUGAAGACAUUGGAGAAUCAGAAGGCUUUCUUUUUCCUUCAAGUCUGGCCCCUCACCUUGUGCCAAAGGAAAUGCCAGCCACAGGCAGUUCUGUGGUUCCUGUAACUUCUGUACCAACCAUGGCCUCUGUAUCAGUGAUAGAACCUAGUACUGAGGGAGAAAAGCAAGAUGAGAUCAAGCUUAUUGAUGUGGACUCCAUAUCCCAUGACCCCCUGAAAAGGGGUCAGUCCCAUUUAGAAGUGAAACCUCUGCAACCUGAUACAUAUCUUGGAGGUAAAAUUAUAUAUGAGGAUGGAUCAGGUUCAGCUUUUGAUGCUUCAGGACAAGGACAAGAGCCAGAAUCAAACAUUUGGCUAUUGGAUGCAGCAACACUAGAGCCAAUUUCUGAUCCUCUUCCUGAUCGCUGGCUUGAUGGUGAUAAUGAAUCUCUGUUAAUCAGAGCUGAGGAUCCUCCUGAAGAACUGAUCAUAGAUUAUAUCAUUAACUCAGUGGAGGAAUUACACAGUCAUUCUACUGAGGAUGAGGAUGAAAGCAUGACUGGUGCAAGAAAGGAAUUAUUUGAUGGCUCUGAAACAAAGACACCCACUUUUUCAGAGGCUACAACUCAGCAGGUGCCUCCAUCAGAGACAGAAGAAGUGCUGGAUGUAGAACUGUUCCUGCAAACAUUUGAGGCUUCAGGCAUGCUUGAUCAUUCAUUUACUGAGCCAUCCCUUGCCGUGAAGCCUUCAGUAGACUAUUCUUCUUUAGACAUGCUUGAUGAAGAGGCCUCUCUCCCACCCCAGGAAAUAGAUUUCUCUUCAGAAGAUCAUUUUGUUACCUCUACAGUGAUAUAUAACUUGGAACAUUCUGAGGACUCCAGUGAGGAUCAUCAAAUCAUUUAUGAAGUAGCAGGAAACCAAAAUGAGGAUGGGGCAAAGUUGGAAGUAGUGUUCACAGUCAGCCACUCAGAUAUAGCUGUUCCAACAGGACAAGCAGAUAUGGGUUCUUCACAGACUGGGCCCCCUGAGCCAGAAAUAAUUCAGACAGCUGCUCCUUCUAUGGAAGCAAUAGUCACUGACAUUUCUGUAGAGGAGCAACAAUCUCCAGAGUCACUAUGGACAGUAGAGGAAGGUUCUGGAUUAGUUCCCCUGAAACCAUUUGAUAUUGAGUUGGCUGACAAUACUGGGAAGGCAUCUGAGCAUGAGUUUCUUGAAUCGCAACAAUCUGAAGCAGCAACUGCCGUUGAAAUCUCAACCAUAGUUCCUUAUUUAUUAGAUGUAACUAGCGGCUCAGAGGCCUUCACUGGGCAGGCCAGUACGGAACAUGAUACUCAAGCCCCUAUUAGCUUUGACACUGAAGUUAGCUUGUUUGCAGCAGUGACUGUAACAAAGAAUCCUAUUGAUCUUCUCUCGGAUUUCCCUACUGCACAGCCUACAAUACUUCAGCCUACGGCUAGCUCAACAACACAGGGAGAGGACAUGACUACAAGAGUAGGGGACAUUUCUGUGGAGCUGGAUCAUGUAGGCACAAUAUACUACACUCCUGUGGUCAACCAGGAGGAAAGCAGCAUGACUAGCAGUCACAUGGAGCUAUCUACAAAUGCUCAUUCUACUGUGAGAGCCAGUGUCGCUUGGCCCACUCAUGAAAAUCACAUCAAUACUGCCCCAUCUUCACGAGCUCUAGUGGUGUUCUUUAGCCUACGGGUUACCAACAUGAUGUUUUCAGAGGACCUAUUCAAUAAAAAUUCCCCUGAAUAUAAGGCACUGGAGCAACGGUUUUUAGAACUGCUGGUUCCCUACCUCCAGUCAAAUCUAACAGGCUUCCAGAAUCUUGAAAUCCUAAACUUCAGAAAUGGUAGUAUUGUGGUGAACAGCCGAAUGAAGUUUGCAAAACCUGUGCCUCGUAAUGUCACCAAUGCUGUAUAUAUGAUUCUGGAAGACUUCUGCAAUACUGCCUAUCAGACCAUGAACCUGGCUAUUGACAAGUACUCCCUGGAUGUGGAAUCAGGAGACCAGGCUGAUCCUUGCAAAUUCCAGGCAUGCAAUGAGUUCUCUGAAUGUCUAGUGAAUCGCUGGACUGGGGAGGCAGAGUGUGUCUGUUUUCCUGGCUACCUAAGCAUAGAUGGAUUACCCUGUAACAGCAUCUGUGACCUGCAACCAGACUUUUGCCUCAAUGAUGGGAAGUGUGACAUCAGCCCAGGACACGGAGCCAUAUGUCGAUGUCGUGUGGGAGAGAACUGGUGGUACCGGGGAGAGCAUUGUGAAGAGUUUGUCUCAGAGCCACUGGUUGUGGGUAUUGCAAUUGCUUCAGUGGCUGGAUUCCUUCUUGUGGCAUCUGCUGUCAUCUUCUUCUUAGCCAGGACCCUUCGAGAGCAAUACACAAAAAAUGACAGUGAAGACUCAUUAGGGGGACGUGACAGCCUCUCCUCCCUUGAAAAUGCAGUCAAGUACAACCCCAUGUACGAAAGUGACACUACUGGACAAAGCCAAUACUAUCGCAGAUACCCACAGGUGACAUCCUACAGCUCUACCAGUGGAGACACAUCCACGGAUUACAGCAGUGAAGAGAUAAGGCACAUUUAUGAAAACAGUGAGCUUACUAAGGAGGAAAUUCAGGACAGAAUACGGAUUAUUGAGCUUUAUACCAAAGAUCGGCAGUUUGCGGAGUUUGUUAGGCAACAUCAAAUGAAGCUGCUUUAAAAAAACACCUUGAAACCAGUAGAAAGCUUGUGGGAGAUGAAGAGAACCUCAUUCCCAUAGUAAUGGGCACAGAUGUAACUGCAAAGUUACUUAUAUUCUUUUUCUUGCAUGGAUUGUAACACUACUGGAUGGGUACAGAUGUUUUCUAAAUGAAUGACUAAAUGUAGCGAUGCCCAUUUAUCUCGAUUUUCUCUGGCUUUUCUGCAUGCCGUUACAUUCCUAGGUGGUGACCAGAAGUUGCAGAGAUCAUGAAAGUUCAUUUUACUUACUUUAAAGCAGGAAGAAGCAUUUUUUGAGCUGGAUUUUAAAGUGUGUACGUAUGAUCAUACCCCACACGGAUUCUUCCCUUGGUACAUGAAGGCAACGUUUAAAAUGAAAUGAGCUUUUAAAAUUCUUCUUAUGUGUUUCUCCCAUCCCUCAUGGGGGGCGUUUAGUGGUUUCUAAGGUAAAGUAACAGCGGGAGAAAAUAAUUGUGAUAUAAGUGAGAGUUCUGUAGGAUGUUACUGUUUCUGCUCAAGUGACAUUAGCACUAUUUAAGACAGUCCGGUUAUAAACACAGAAGAUGCAUAGAGUUACGCAGCUAGAGAAAUGGAUAGCUAGCUGAGUUAACCUUUUUUGUCUCUGACAGUCACAUGCUGCAUAACAGCAUUUAGCUUAGAGUGCUCAUAAGGAAUCUCACAUCCCACUGUAUUCCUUAUCUUCAACAAUGCUGGCAUUCAACUACUUCACUUGUCUCUUUGUGAGAUAAUGCAAUACUUCAACAAAGGUAUUUGCCACCAAAACACAUACUACACAUAAUGAAUACAUUCUGUUUCUGUUCUUUCUUGUUAGAUGAACACUUGGAACAAAAAGGGCUAAAUACCUCCCCUCCCCUUCUCUUCCUUCCCCCCCCACAAAAUAUUGUGUAAAGAUAAUUUUUUAAGUGACUAAUGUUUUUUUUUAUCAUGAUGUUAUUUGGACUGUAGACAAUUUUUUUAAAUUCUGAUUUUGUAGAUUAGUAAGCACAUUAUUUAUUGUACUUUCCUACCGAUUGGCUAUUUUCAUAAUGGAAAUAAUUGCUCUUUAGAAAGAUGAAUAUUUCACUACACCAAACUGACAUGCAAACUCAACUCUAGUUCUUUAUUCCUUUGGCACUGAAUCUUUUAAAAAUUGUGAGCCUUUAGGUUUUAGAUGAAAGCUGAGCAAAUGCUCAUUAAAAUUCAGCUUACUAAUAUUUUAUCACUAUUAACUGAAUAAUGCAUUAGCCAUUCAUCAGGUCCAAUUCAAAAUAGACCCUAUUUUUUAGUCAAAUUGUACUAUUUAACAAUGCGUAUAACUGUCAGUUUUGCCUACUGUGUUUCAGAUGGCAGUAGGCUCCAAUGGAAAAAAGUGACCUCAUUUCUGGCUUAGUGGAAGCUCAAUGUAAGAGUCUUGAAAAAAAAAUUAAGAAAAACGUAACUUUAGACUGGAAAAUGGUAUAAUCACUUAACACAGAGAGAAAAAAAACACGUGGUCUAUUCAUAGUAGCAGAGAUUGUAUGGAGAUAUGCUUCAGAGACAAUGUUUUGGGCUCCUCUGAGCCCUUAAAGCCAAUAAACUGUAUACCUACUACCAUGAAGAGAAAGGAGACUCCAAGUACAGAUGUCAUGAGACUUUUGGUCAGUCACAUCUCUGGUAUUUAAUAAUGGUCAUCAACAUUUUCUACCUGCUUUAAUAAUGACUGUUUUAUUACAAGUUGUGUUUUUAACCUUUCACUGGCAAAUAAGGUUGGCUUUUUACCCAAGAUCCAACAGUCUAGGCCUAGGAGUGCCAACCACACCAUCCAGUACUUUUCCAAAACCUUUUACAGCUUGGUCAUGGCACGAGGUACUAAGUUAGACACUUAAGCUGAACAAGAGGGCAAGCAGGUUCCUUAAAGUUUAAAGAAUAUACUUUGAGUUAAUUCCACUAGCAAUCCUUAGCAUGUCUGAGGGGAUUUCACCAAAAUGGCGGGUUAUCCUCCCUUAUUUCAGUGCCAGGGGUACAGAUUCAUAGCUCCAAUUAUUAAGUAUCCAGAAAAAUUCAAGCACUGGCAAGAAAUCAGUUUGCAACUGUCAAAGUAAGCAAGCUACAAUAAUAUAGGACAGUGUUCAUUGAUUAGGUGGUGCUUAGUAAGGCUGGAGGCCAGAUGCAGUGGAGAGCCAGUAGGUGCUGUGCACUGCCUACAUAAUCCAGCCUUUAAAGCUGACUUCAGCUGCCCAAGCAGACUCUAGAGCAGUAAAGGGAUGAACCUCUGGUGAGUAUAGAGCUAACAUAAAAUGGCAGCACCAGGGAAGAUUGAGACAGAUAGGACAUCUGUGUAAUAAGAUAGUCUUCACUUACUGCUUCGAGCCCCUGUGGCCAUCACAAUGCACUAUAGUGAGGAUAGGUACAAAGCUGAGUGUUGCGUUACUGUUGUUCAGCAUUCUCUUGCUUGCAUUUCUGUGUGGUUGCGACCAAGAAUCUGGUCUCAAACUGUAUUCGUCUAUGAAGUGGUGCAUUUUCAGUUUGGUGUGUGGAGAACAAGCUGUGCCCCUCCACCCAGUGGCUGCUUCUUGGUACAUUGACAUUUUAUUUUGUAAUGCAGAGGGAAGGUUAAAAUUAGAGAACAGUCUGAAUGUCACAUUUGUACGGUACCAAAACUUAAGGGAGAAGAAUGCACUGGAAAUCUGUAAGCUUUCUAAUUAUCUCCUGGUCUUUAAUGAGUUGAAAUGAAAACUGCUGGUAAGCAACUGAAUUUUGCAAAUUGGACCCAUCUGUAAUUAAAUCUAUACGUUAGUAUAGUAUCCCUUAGCACAACCGUAGAGGAAGGGAAGAGGAGGUAUUUCAUUGUAUAUACAGUGAAUAUUUUUCUUUUUAUAUAUGAUGGUGUCUUAUUUUCACUGCAAUAAACUUUUUGGUUUCAAGACUC